UUUGUAGAAUAAAAUAAACUGACUGUAUUUCACGUCUUUUAUUUGAAUAAAACGAAGUUUUAAACAAAAUAAACAGAAAACUAGUACAAAAGUAAAUUCUUACAUAAAAAUUAUUGUGGUAUUAAAGAGAAAAACAAAAUGAGAAUUUUAAAUGUGAAGUAAAGAAAUAAAAUGUAAAAUAUCUGGAAAAUUGAUAAACUUAACAAAAGCGAAAUCGAAUAAUGUACAAAAGAGUGAAUAUGAAAAAUUACAUCACAGUUAUUGGCCGAUUUAUAUUUCAUAUAAACUGGUCAUUAAUGUAUUAGGUUAUUGUAUGUUGGUGUUUAUUGUGAAAUUAUUCAAAUAAAUAAGAGUUAUUCUAUAAUUCGUAUUCGGUAGAUCAUGAAAUAAAGAAGAGAAAUAUGAAAUUAGGUAACAAAUGCGAAAUAUAGAUUUCGUUCCAUACGAAAAGUAUUUAAUAAAUAGUGCAAUAAUAACAGGUGAUAUACACAAAAAAUUAGUAGGAAUCAACACUUUUUUCGACUUAUUAAUGGUACUAUGGUGUAUGCUACUUAUGUCGACAGACAUAAGUAGUAUGUAACACCAAUCAGAAGUGGAAGGUAUGGCAACAGAAGGCUAAGAAGAACAAAUUGAAGAAAACAGAAAGGGAAAUAGAAACGAAUUGUGACUUUGAUGAAGCAUACGAAACUUGAAAAAUUACAAAUAUCUUUCAAGGAGAAGAUUAUUCGUCAAAUGAGUGAAGAUAUUUAAGUUACUUGAGCUAACAAGGUGUCAUAAAAAUAACGAAUGAGUCAGUUCAGUGAAAACUAGAGUAACACAAAAUAUAUGAACAGCUUGAGUGAUUGAAGAAGAACUGAGAUUUAAACAGUGGUCAAUCAUCAGAGACUAGUCGACCAAGCCAUCACAUCAAUUACCUAGAUAAUAUAAGAAUGAAGUUUACAUUAAUUCACCUUCUCUUCUCACAAUAUCACUCUGUUAUACAGAGUUAACAAAUAUAUAAUUAUCGGCCAAUAUAAAUGGUAGUUGUAUAUAUAAAUAAACCAUUUAAACUCUGCCCUUGGAUUCAGAAGGUCUUCGUUUAGAAGAAUUAUGACGCCUCAUGCUGAAAGCCGAGUUUCUUCGGAAGUCACGAGGCUGAUGCCCCUUCUGACAACCAGAGAAACCAUUUAUUUAGGUACAUCGAAUGCUCGCACAAUGUGGGAGACUAGGAGAGUUUUCCAAAUUGCUGCAGAAACGAGGAGAUACAAUUUAGAGGUGUUUGGGAUCAGUGAAACACAUUGGAUGCAAGUUGGACAACAACGACUAGCUUCAGGGGAGCUGCUGUUAUACUCCGGACAUGAACAAGAAAAUGCUCCACAUACACAAGGAGUUGCAUUGAUGCUGUCCAAACAAGCACAAAAUGCACUUAUAGGAUGGGAAUCUCAUGGACCAAGGAUAAUCAAAGCCUCCUUCAAAACAAAGAAAACGGGCAUUACAAUGAACGUCAUCCAAUGCUACGCGCCUACCAAUGACGACAAUGAAGACGCUAAAGAUCAAUUCUACGAUAGGCUGCAGUCAAUCGUCGAGAAGUGCCCAACAAAGGACCUGACUAUUCUGAUGGGAGACCUAAAUGCCAAGGUUGGAAUUGACAACACCGGAUAUGAAGAGAUCAUGGGACGACACGGACUGGGAGAAAGGAACGAAAAUGGUGAGAGAUUUGCAAAUCUAUGUGCCUUCAAUAAACUGGUCAUAGGCGGGACUAUAUUCCCACAUAAACGCAUACACAAAACCACAUGGACUUCACCGGAUCACAUCACACAGAACCAAAUCGACCAUAUCUGCACCAACAAAAAGUUCAGGAGGACGAUGGAGGACGUGAGAACCAAGAGAGGGGCUGAUAUAGCAUCAGAUCAUCACUUGCUGGUCGCCAAGAUGAAAUUGAAACUCAAGAGGCUCUGGACAACGGGGAGGACAAUAUCACAAAAAUUUAAUACGGUUCUUCUUCGGGAUAAUGACAAACUCAAUAAAUUCAAGAUAACCCUCAGCAAUAAGUUCCAGGCCUUUCAUGAUCUACUCAAUGGAGAAGAAAUUACUAUGGAGAGCAACUGGAAAGAGAUAAAAGAGGCAAUCACUUCAACAUGUCAUGAGGUUCUGGGCCAAAAGAAGCACCACCACAAGGAUUGGAUCACUAUCGAUACACUAGAUAAGAUUCAAGAAAGGAGGAACAAGAAGGCAGCAAUCAAUACCAGUCGAACAAGAGCAGAAGAAGCCAAGGCACAGGCUGAAUAUGCAGAAGUAAACAAGCAAGUGAAGAGGAGCAUCAGAACCGACAAACGUAAAUAUGUGGAAGAUUUAGCAAUGACGGCGGAAAAGGCUGCCAGAGAAGGAAACAUGAGACAACUGUAUGAAACAACAAAGAAACUCUCUGGAAAUCACCGUAAACCAGAACGACCAGUGAAAAGCAAGGAAGGCAAAGUGAUCACCAACAUUGAAGAACAACGAAACAGGUGGGUAGAACACUUCAAAGAACUCUUGAAUCGACCAGCCCCACUGAACCCACCCAACAUCGAGGCAGCACUCACGGACCUCCCAAUUGAUGUUGGCGCACCGACAAUUGAAGAAAUCAGCAUGGCUAUCAGACAAAUCAAGAGUGGCAAAGCAGCAGGACUAGACAGCAUUCCAGCAGAGGCACUGAAAGUAGACGUAGCGGCAACUGCAAGGAUACUCCAAACUCUCUUUAGAAAGAUCUGGGAUGAGGAACAGGUACCAAAAACUGGAAAGAAGGACUUCUUGUCAAAAUACCAAAGAAAGGCGAUCUCAGCAACUGUGAAAACUACAGGGGAAUCACUCUUCUUUCAAUACCAGGAAAAGUCUACAACAGGGUAUUGUUAAACAGGAUGAAGGACUCCGUAGACGCACAACUUCGCGACCAACAGGCAGGAUUCCGUAAGGAUAGAUCGUGCAAAGACCGAAUCGCAACUCUACGGAUCAUUGUGGAACAAUCAAUUGAAUGGAAUUCAUCACUCUAUAUCAACUUCAUUGACUACGAAAAAGGAUUUGAUAGCGUGGACAGAACAACCCUAUGGAAGUUUCUUCGACACUACGGCGUUCCUCAGAAGAUAGUCAAUAUCAUACGGAAUUCCUACGAUGGAUUAAACUGCAAAAUCGUUCAUGGAGGACAGUUGACAAAGUCGUUCGAAGUAAAGACCGCUGUCAGGCAAGGUUGCUUACUCUCACCCUUUCUCUUUCUCCUGGUGAUCGACUAGAUCAUGAAGACGUCAACAUCUGAACGGAAGCACGGGAUACAGUGGACAUCUAGGAUGCAGUUGGAUGACAUGGACUUCGCAGAUGAUCUGGCUCUUCUAUCUCAUACGCAACAACAAAUGCAGGAGAAGACAACCAGUGUAGCUGCAGCCUCAGCAGCAAUAGGUCUCAAUAUACACAAAAUGAAAAGCAAGAUUUUCCGAUAUAACACAGCAUGCACCAAUCCAAUCACAAUUGACGGAGAAGAUUUGGAAGAUGUAAAAACCUUUACAUAUUUGGGCAGUAUCAUCGAUGAACACGGUGGAUCUGAUGCAGAUGUGAAGGCACGGAUUGGCAAAGCAAGAGCAGCAUAUUUACAACUGAAGAAUAUCUGAAACUCAAAACAAUUGGCAACCAACACCAAAGUCAGAAUUUUCAAUACAAAUGUCAAGACAGUUCUACUGUAUGGGGCGGAAACCUGGAAAACUACGAAAUCCAUCGUCCAAAAGAUACAGGUGUUUAUUAACAGUUGUCUGCGCAAAAUACUUCAGAUCCGUUGGCCGGACACUAUUAGCAACAACCUACUGUGGGAGAGAACAAAUCAGAUCCCAGUGGAGGAAGAAAUCAGGAAGAAACGCUGGAAGUGGAUAGGACACACAUUGAGGAAAGAACCGAACUGCGUCACAAGACAAGCCCUCAUAUGGAAUCCUCAAGGUCGAAGGAGGAGAGGAAGACCAAAGAAUACAUUACGCCGGGAAAUGGAGAUAGAUAUGAGAAAAAUGAACAAGAAUUGGAUGGAACUAGAAAAGAAGGCCCAGGACAGAGUGGGUUUGAGAAUGCUGGUCGGCGGCCUAUGCUCCAUUGGGAGUAACAGGCGUAAGUAAGUAAUAUAUAAAUUUAUAGAUUGUUUGAAGUGAAUAAAAGGAUUUCAUCCGCUGUUCAAAUGAGUAUUACACAAUGUGGAUAAAAU